AUGGUUCCAUUCUCUGCGGAAACUGGACUCAAGGUCUGUGUGGGGGUGUUUGUUAUAAGCUCCUUCUUUCUGACUACCUCCUACAACUCCACCUUCGCUUUUGACCGUCCGGUGAGUACUGCCGUACUGGCGUGCUUCAUAACCGGUGCAGUCUUUUUGGCCAUAGGCCGUUUCCUCCCGGCAACGUCACGGAUAUCUUCCAGCAGUAAGCGGUUCGGCAUUCCGCUCGCUGAACAGUUCGAACUCUCGUCGCGCAGCUCGCUAUCUUCCUCAUCGAGCCCCAUCUUAGGAAGUCCAGAGGAGUCCGCGCUGUCCGCGCCGUCCCCAUAUCGAUACUGGUGCAAUCUUGGCCUUUUAGUAGCCGCAUGCUCUUUGAGGAUUGAGACAUUCCGUCAAGUCUCUCUUAAUACCGAAUGCGCUCCAGCAGGAUAUGCUUACACCGUUCCCUUCUUAAUAUCUUUGUACGACUACUGGCGAAAUCAACGCGCACGCUCAAAAAAUGAAUAUGUUUCGUCUCGGCCCUCCAAGAGCCGACCUAUCCAAGUCGUCUAUUCCACUUUCAGAGGGGGUUUCUAUUACCUGACACAGAGCGCAUACAGAGGAAUUCUGGCUGGAGCAUUCCUUUCUUUGAGUGGCUAUUCCGCCGCGUCAUUUUACGCCGGCGGUCAAUCCACCUACGUUUGCCCUAUCAUUCUUCACGGCGCAGUGCGAUUACGGGGCUUUAAACUUCUCAAUGUUUUCUUGGACUCUCUUUUAAUCAUCGGGGUUGCUGAGCUAUGCCAGACUAAUCCCGGGUUUGAGGGUAACAGACGAAAAAGAGCCAUCCUCUCCUUAGGAGCAGGCCUUGUCGGCGUUUCUCUGCUUUGGACCAUUAUUGGAUGUUUUGUUUCCAACAGCCGCCCCGAGUUUAUUCUUCAGCCUUUGCUAGAUCCGAGAUAUGCACGGAGUGCUUUGAGCCAAGCGACGCUGGUAAUGCUCUUAGCUGUGUCAGCCUGGCAAUUGUUACCCCAACUUGGAGUGUUAGGAUUGACAAUCCUAGGAGGCUUCGUUUUCAUCUACUUCUCGGCAACUUCAAUAUUACUGGUGGAGCAAAUGCCGCUCCCCUACAUCUCGACAGCUCAUACUGUAUUUCCAUUGAUUGGGUCUUCGAUCGCAGCAGUGCUAUUUCUUCUCUCCCGCAUCAUUUCAGAUGAAGAGUCCAAGGCACUAUUCCGCACAAACGUUUUACUGCAGGCCUUCGUCGUUCUUCUCUGUCUUUUUGGCUUGUGUGCUGCCUCUGCCAAGCACCACUUUUCUCACACACACCCGAUCGAUCUUUUAAUUCACGAAGCAAACAUUCAUAUCGAAAGCGUUAUCAAAGACAUCCACCUCCGGGGGUUUGAUAAAUGGUACGAAUAUGCGACCAGCCGAUCUUCAUUAGUUAUCGAUGAGUUCGAUCAAAUUUACAGGAAUCUACUUCCAUUCCGUGCUCUCAGCCCGGCAUCUAUUCGAGAAGCGACACAUAAACUAGCGACGAAUCCGUUUAAUGACCUUGGAGCAAUCAGUAUUCGAAAUGGGAAGCCCGAGGUUCAAGAAGGCAUCAAGCCAACCCAUGCAUGGAUGGUCAAAGGAGCCGCAGAUAUGAUCGAAAACUUUUCAGAGCAUCUACCUGAUAUGGAUAUUGUUUUCAACUUGAAUGAUGAGCCACGAGUGGCGAUUCCGUGGGAAAGGGCCUUGACUUUGAAGCGUGAAGCGAAAUCACAAGAAUUCAUUCCUGCGGAGAGCCUUGUGGAUACAUGGUCACCAAAUCGACGAUCUGGCUGGGAUCCAGUUGAACCAAUCGAUCAAACGAACGAGACGGUUUUCACGGAUGGUGCAUGGAAUGGUAUAUUCGAUCGUUAUGUGAGCGCCGUUUGUCCGCCCUCCUCAAAGUCCCGUACCCAGCGUAUCUGGAACCGACAUGACAUCUGCCUCGACUGUGUGUCACCCCAUUCCAUGGGUCAAUUUCCCGUUGACUUCAAUCUGGCAUCAGACUUUUGCCAUCAACCAGACCUAGCAUACCUUCAUGGGCUUUUGAUAUCCCCUGCUUCAUUCAAGGUGUCCCAGGAAUUGAUUCCAGUCUUCAGCCAAAGUGCUCUUUCUGGAUUCAACGAUAUCCUCUUCCCUAGCCCAUGGAACUAUAUGGACAAGGUGAAAUAUGAGCCGUCUGAGGAGUAUCCAGACCCGGAGUAUGAAAGCAAGAGCAAUUCUUUAUACUGGGUGGGCAGCACAUCUGAAGGCUACAGUCGAUUUGAUCAGUGGAAAGGAAUUCCAAGGCAACGCUUCGCCCAUCUGGUCAACAACAACACCGAUAACCAAGUAUCCGUUCUCCUUCCCGUCGACGGGCGGUCCUACAAAUACGAAAUAAUGAACGGGGCAGCCCCGAUUGAUGACCUGCACCUCGAAACGAAUGUCCACAUCGCCGGCCCCAUAACACGUUGCGGAGACUGCGAUACUCAGCGCGACGAACUGGGAACGGCCUCCUGGGUCGAUUUCCAAAACCACUGGUCUAACCGGUAUCUAUUCGAUCUUGACGGUGCUGGAUUCAGCGGCCGUUUCUUGCCUUUCUUGCAGAGUCGCAGCCUACCAUUCCGCACCGGACUCUUCCGACAGUGGUUUGACUCGCGUGUGAUUUCAUGGCUACAUUUUGUACCUAUCGAUAUCCGUCUCCAUGGUCUUUGGAAUCCCAACAAGGCACCUCCGAUGCGGAUGGACGCCCAUACAAGACAGGGCAAAUGGAUUGCCGACCAGGGACGUAAAUGGACCGAUGUCGCCUUACGCAAGGAAGAUAUGGAGAUCUACUUCUUCAGGCUUUUACUGGAAUGGGGGCGUCUCACAGAUGACCAGAGGGAUGUGCUGGGGUAUAAGCCCCCAGCUUGA